AUGUCGGUCAGCGCAACGGCCACAGCGGCCACAAGCCAUCGGGAAUCCUCCAAAGCGUCGGACCUCAUCGCAAGCCCCGCCUCGAAUACAAACGGCCAAGGCCUCGACCGAUUAGUGCCGCAGGGCCACCAGAGAUUCGUCUUCACCGAUGCAGUCGCGCUUCGCUAUCUGGAAGAGGACCCCUCUACCGAUGUUCUUCACCGCCGAGCAACCCUGCAAGGCUACGAAAUCUACAUCGUUGAACAAUGGGCUUGUUCUCGAGUUCAUCCGACCUUCGUGAUAUCGACAUAUACCGGUGACCCGUCACAUACUGUUAUGGUUGGCGUGUUAAGUGUCCCGAACGACGAAACUACGUGGUCUCCUCGACUUAAACUUUACUUCGACGCUGUGAAACAGUAUCAUGCCCGCAAGAAGGAAACACCACUUGGAACCGUCAUGGUGACAGACCUCGGUUCUUUCCCGUCAGCUCUUACUGUUAUACCAGUUCCGGAGGGAGACCUCAAGAAACACAGAGAGGAAUUCAUCGUCAAUGAGAACUUAAAGCGACUGGGUUGCGCUGGACGAGCGGGUCUCAAACUUCAACCUCCUUUACCGGCCACCGAAGCCAAAUUCUAUCAGGUAUAUCGAGCAAGUGAGCGGGUGCCUCUCUACAAUGCGGUGAUGGAGCUGGUGAAACAGUGCCAAAUUGCCUUAGUGGUGUUCGACAAGCUAGCCCCUGAAUAUGUGGAUGGCCUUCUGUGUGAUGUGACCGAGGCAGCUAUCGGUGAUUGGUGGGGUGAUAUCGGGGCUGAUUUAUACAACAUCGAGCCAAGUGACGGUGUCCUUGGCCCAACGAGUGUCUCUGCUAUCUUGGGAACGCUCCUUGGGGCUCGAAACCGGUUACACACGUAUGGCGCCCAAGUGGGCAAAGAUGCCUUUGAUAUCGACAAUCUCAAACGUGGUAUUGGAGGAUUUCAAAAAUCACAAAAAAUGGAACGAUCACGGAGGCUGGACCGAAAAACUCUAGAUCGUCUACAUCGCGCGACAGCUAAGGCUGCCAAUGCCGAAGGGUGGACGGACGCUGUCAAGUCUACCAUGGCUGAGCUCAGUGGACAGGGUGGUGAGAUGGUCAUGGGAAUGGUUCGUGGCCGUGAAAAGGGUGGUAUUGCCGACAUUGAAACCCUGGAUAUCGAGACAUUUAUCCAGUGUUGUUACGGAUCAAGAGCAAAAUGGCUUUGGCUUGGGAAACAUCGCAAGAGUCGGCCUGAUCACUCUUUCGUUCGCGCAUCAACAUCGGACAUGAUGUUCACGACUGAUGACCAAGGCGGUUAUCUUUGGACAAGCCGAAAAAAGCAUUCUGCAGAGGAUUUGCCAGCUGAGCGAACGGGCUCCAGUCACGACCGGCUGGGGAAGUUGCCCGAAACUAUUCAUACCGAAGAGAAGGACAUUCGCAAGAAAGGCGUGAGUGGGAGAGUUUCGGAUGCUCGAGCUGGCUUGGGUCGUUUCAAGGAUGCAGUUGGGCUCCCCGGUCUACGCUCACAUCAUAAAAACCCUCGUGAAGGCCCGGAACUGACCCAUGAUAUUGCCUAUAAUCCAUCUAUUGAGAGUGAUACAGAACAAUCUAUGUCUAAAACCAGAACUACUACUGGAUUAACGUCUGACUCCAAGCUGGAUGGGGAUCUAGAAUCUCGACCAGAGGAUGACCAGAGCACUCACCCCUCCGCUGGAGCCGAUUUGAAUACCGAGCUCAAGCCCCCUGAGAUCCACAUUGACCCUGUACCUACAAAUGUAGGAAAUGAGCCAAAUAUUCAGCAAACAGACCAUCUCCCAGCCCCACAACCACUCGCUGGGGUAGAAGAAGAAUCGGAUCUGGAACGCGCAAGAACACGGUCUACAGUGGCCUCAAGUGAGCAAGGCGACGCAGAUGACCCAAAACCAAUAUUGGCCUUUAUGGCCCUUCGCCGCGCCCAAAGCUGUACAGAGCUUCGAAGCAUUGAAAUUGGCUCCGAGCGACGUAAUGACCGAUGUCCAAGACACCUGUCCUUCAGUCAUGUUGAAGAAGUAGUGCAUGCUUCUACAUCAUUGACCCAACCACUAAAGGCCAAUGAAAAUUCCACCUUGGAUGACCUAGUUACUCAAGAAGACAUUCUGGCAUCAGAUGCCCGUAUAUGCACUUCGCGAAUAUUGGAAUUGGAUAAGCAGACUGCUCCAUGGGUUGAACGCCAAGUGGCAUCUGUGGAUGAAUUGACCAGCACCCUCCAUGACCAACACGAAGAAUUGCACUCGAUCUAUCUGGAGCGCUUUGGUGAUUAUCAGCGUCUACGAGAGAGAUCCAGCGAUCUCCUGACUGACGAGAAUUCUUACCUGCACGACAGUGUUAAACGGGUCGAGCUACUCGGUGCCAAACUGGACUAUGAGCUCCAUGUCCUCGAAUCUAAAGUUGAAGACAUGGAGGAAGGCUUGACCGAUUUUGAGCGACACAUAGUCAAUGUGGAAACUCGAGUUAAAGGUCUACUUCAGGGCGAGGAAGAACAAAGCACCUCUUGGAUGACUUGGGUUCGGCAAUCCCUCGGCUUCCCAGUCUCCUCAUAA